AUUUUGAGAAUUUGAAGUCAUUUGCAACCUUACUAUGACUGCAAUCCAAUGCAUGUAUACUAUAGUUGUGUAUUAAUAUGUAUUUAGUGUCAGCACUGGUAUCCAGUCGUCAUCACAUCAAACAUGUCGUCCUAUAGCGAGGCAUGAAUGACAUGAUUGCCAUAUAUUUGUAUUAAUUAUGGACUCAAAUCACAUAAAUGAGGCAAUGGAGUUCUUAGACUUAAGCGAUGCUAACGACGAUGAGAAGGCCGACGCUAUGGCUAUCAUUGGAUCGGUUCCUUUCAAUGGCGUUGAAUUUCCUUUUGAAAUGACACCAUUUGUUAAUAAAAUGCGGAUAAAAGUAUCUCACGAGUCAUUCAAUAGUUUGUCACAAGAGGUUGAUUCUGGCGUCGAUAAUAGGCAACCGGCAAUUGAGACACCAGUCAACUCUUCAGCGCCAUUAAGACAUUCACCGAAUCAGUUUGUGACAACUCAUACUCCCGAAACAGUGCCACAAACGACAAACUCGGUUCCUUAUAUGGAAAUGACACAAAACAUGUCAAAUGGUGCACCUGUUGUGUGCGCACCGCCGCCACAACAAUACAUAUAUCAAACACAACCUCAAUAUCAAUACCAAUCACAGCCGCAAAUUGCCAAUCAUUACUAUCAAAUGUCUCAUAACGGAGCGCCUAUUGUUCUUAAUACAGGCAAAGAUAUGAACAAAGUUAGACAAUCGGUUCCGGGUAUAAACACCGGUAAAUCUGGAAAAAUUCAUAACGAUAUCAGAGCUCCUUUUUAUUCUUCCAAUCAAUACCAAGAGAUACCACAACUGAUUGAUGCUAAUCGUACGUCUCAGGCAAUAGUAAGCGAUACCAUAGUGACUAUGCCAUCAGUGCAACCAAUGUUCACACCUGGAUUUUCUCAUAUAUUGCCACCAUUUGCCGGGGCACAGAUGUAUUUGAUUGCUACUCCCGAAGGAUCCUAUAUUACCUAUGGUUUGCCUCAGAAUGUUCCCAUAACCCAAACUCAACAACUGUCGGGCCCACACACAGCCACUAAUGGUGAGACAAACUCUGCCAACUCAUGUAAAGUGCCUUUAAAUGGUUUCAACGCUGUCGAGAAUGAAAUCGAAAGGUGCAAUGAUAACCAACUAAGUGAUGAACUCAGUGAAGAACCAAACAGUGAAUCAAAUAAUGAUUUUAAUGACAAUAUUAAUGAUAACGAAAUUGAAAUUCAAGACUAUAACGAAAAUACUGAGACAAACAUUGAUACCAAUGAUGCAAGUGAUGUGAAAGUUAGUGAUAAUGAUGCGAUUGAAUCGGUUGAAUCAGAAGAAACUCUCAGAGAGUCUCCAGAAAUAGAAAAUAAUAAUUUGGUUGAUUCAACUCAAACAAGCACUUCGGCACCGACGACACCUCCAGCAAACAGCACCAGCAAUGUGUGGGCUAAUAAAACUAACCGUUUGUGGGCCGACCUAUUUAAAGACUCAUCCGCUCCUAAUCAUCCCUCGUUAAUGUCAUCUAACCUCUCAUCACAAACGACUGGUGGUUUGACCACCGGCUCAAUAGUCAGCCAUAACUACAAUGAUUAUAAUUUAUCUGAAAGUGACAGUCAUUUGAAUUCUAGUUUUGUUAACAAUAGUGAAAGUGAAGCUCAAAUUAAACGCAUUCCCAUUAAUUGCGAUUCAUUUGCCAGAAAACUAUCCAAAAAAGUUAAAGAAAUGCAUUUAAAACAUUUCUUACCAUAUCUUAUACCCGCAGGUCUUGUCAAUCGUGGCAACUGGUGCUACAUUAACGCCACCCUUCAAGCAUUGGUAGGUUGUCCUCCGUUUUAUAAUUUAAUGCGAGAUAUCGGAGAAAUGUCUGACAUUUAUAGAGAAAAAUCGUCGACACCUAUAAUUGACAGCUUAGCAAAGUUUUUUAGUAUGUUAACUCCAAGCGAACAUUUAACACGAAAACAAAAAAUUGGUAUUAAUUUGACGUCAGAGGAGAUGCCCAAAGCUGAACCCAUUGAACCACGUUUUAUAUAUGAUAUGCUAUCUGUUCUUAAGGAAGAAUGGGGUCUUAAAGGUCGUCAAGAAGAUGCCGAAGAAUUUUUGUCAUUCAUUUUGAAUGGACUUCACGAAGAAAUGAUAGCACUUUUGCAAUACAAUGACAAUGCGAUAAAAAUGUUGAACGGAGAUACUGUCAAUGGACACACCGAUAAAGAUCAAACCCGAUCACAAUAUAAUGAUUUGAAUCAAAAUGACAUGAAUUGUGAUGACGACGACGCAAACCUAUGGAAAGAAGUCAGUUCAAGACAUAAGGCAUUGCCCACACGCUCUACAAAAGUAGAUUCUUCUCCAAUAAUGGAAAUAUUUGGCGGCUCAGCCCUUUCAAUCAUAACUGCUGGUUCAUAUGCACGCGGCAAUAGACAACCAUUUUUUGCUCUGCAAUUAGACAUUCAGUCUGAUAGAGUAAAGUCAGUAGAGGACGCACUUAAGUGUUUGACAACUUCGGUAUCAAUUCAAGACUAUAUUUGCCCGAAAACCAAACAAGCAAUAGAUGCGAGCGCUCAGACAUAUUUAGAAACAUUACCUCCAAUUCUUAUACUUCAUUUGAAACUUUUUGUUUAUGAUAUGGACGGAGGAUGUCGUAAACUAAUGAAAAGAAUUGAAUACCCGGUAGACUUGGAGUUACCGCGAGAGUGUCUUCACUUCGACAAAUGGGAGAGAGAGAAGAACUAUCAGCUAAAACGAUAUAAAUUAUUAAGUGUUGUGUAUCACGACGGCUCUGAGGCAGUUAAAGGACAUUAUGUGGCCGAUGUAUAUCACAUUGGAAGCAAUCAAUGGCUCAGAUGUGAUGACCAAUCAGUGAAAGUGAUCAACACUACUAAAGUGCUCAAUACUGACUCUUCACGAACUCCUUAUCUAUUAUUUUACCGACGAUACGACACUCUUUACAACAAACAUACACUUCAUGCAAAUAAUUCAAAAUCAUAUUAUCAUUAAUUGCAAGUUAUAUUCAAUAUACAGUAUAUUUAUAAUACAACGCAUAUAAUAAUAAUAAGUGUUUAUACAAAUUGUUUUUUGACUGGUCUUCCCGUUUAACAGUUAUAAUUAAAAGAGUAAUAAGUUAUGAGUAAAAAGACAGUUAUGUUUUUGCUGUGCUUUCUAUGGACUAAAUGCUGUGAUAAGUGCUUAAUGGGACGUUAUGACAAAGCUAUUGAUAUUAGAUAUAAUUGAAUACGUUAUUAAGUAAAUCUAUUUCUAAAUUUUAUUAAUAAAUUUGUUAUCAAAUUAGUGCUAAAAUUAAAUUGAAAAAUGAACGAUAUAACCGUCCAAUUAGUUUGUUUGAAGGCUAUUACCGUAAAAUUUAAUUUAUUAUUCAUUACAACACAACCGUCCAAAUAUUGAACCGUUAUAUUAAGUGUGCGAUCAUACGAUAUAUAUCAAAAUAAAUUAACAAAUUAUUAUUGAAGAUAUUAUCAUUUUUAGUUUAUUAAUCGACGAUAUUAACAAACAAUGGAUCGUUUUACUAAUUGAUAACUAAAAUUAGUUAUAUUAAUAGUUGAUAUAUGAAAAUAAAUUUAUUAUUAAUAAUGUGAGAAUUAAUU